AUGCAAAAAUAUCCCCCUCAAUGCUUUAAAUCACCUCUCCAUGUCAAUCUAUAUACAUUCACUACUGAAACCUCACAUCAUCAGUCACUUCCAUAAAUUUCCCUCGAACGCAGGUUACAACCAGGGCACACAAAGUGUAUCCCUAUAACCAGGUUGUAGCACUCACGACACACCCCACAUUCUCACACCUAGCCAACGACAAGCAACCUCAACACCUGCCCGCCCAGAGACCACCGCACGGCGAAGGAAAAAAAACAGCUUAUCGAGAAAACACUACCAUGGCCACGACAAACUACCGCCUAAUCGACGUGGAUGCACUAGACCCCGAAUCCGCCUUUCCGGCGGAGCUAUUGACACCCCCGUGCGAUCCGAUCCCAACACCCCAGAUUCAAUCGCUUGCCACUCAUUGCCGUCAGCUCCUGCAACGUGGAGACCAAGAGACGGCGUUGGUGACAGCACUGGAGAAUGUGCCGUAUGGGGGUGAUGAGCAGGGGAAGGUAUUUGGUACUCUUAAACUGUGGGGUGCGGUGACGAGACUGGGGAUAGGGAUAAGGAGCUAAUGUGGUCUGGGGCUGGUGGAUAGGAGCUUCACUUGGGGACCGUCCUAGAGAUUUUGUCCUCAAUUAAGGCGGUAGAGAUGUCGCCGCUGCUCGGGAGACUUUAUGCUUCACCUAGUGGGACAGAAUUGUUGGAUGUCCUUACUAAGUAAGUGUCCAUAUGCCCCAGCAGCCAGCGAAAGAGCAUAAGAACUAAUGGUGGCUACAACAAGAUAUCUUUACAAAGGAAUGGCCCGUCAUAACAACUCCACCUCUAGCUCUUCUACCCCCGGAGUAUCGUCCCAUGCUACGGGUGUUUCAUCAGUUAGUGGAGCGAGGGAGUACGGCGUUGCACCAGGCAGGGGUGAUGGUGGUGGUAUGAGUGUGCUACUCAGUUGGCACGAGAAGGUAUUAUCAACGUCGCUACUAGUUUUUAGGAUGAGAGGAAACUGGCUGACUGUGUGAAUUGGGUUAGGUUGUUGAGAUUGCGGGAACAGGAGCAAUCGUGAGAGUCAUGACCGACCGGAGAACUGUCUAACAAAGUGUGCACUGUCAUAGUACCAUAUUGACCCCGCCCCCGAAAAAAACCCCCCUUGUUCACGCUCGGUCUCCGUUAUCGAAAAGAAUAGAUAUCUAUUUUGCA